UAAUUCUGACCAGGCGCAACCUUUCAGCGUAGGCGCAGGACAGCCUUGAUGUUGCUGCAGAUUGCUGUAGCUCAUACAGGCCAGCGCCUCGACGCUGAUCCAGUGAGCUUCAACUCUAUCGAAGGUCUGAAGCACUGGAUAGCGGAUGCCACUGGUAUUCCGUCGGACCUCCAAAUAUUACUCACACCGCGCGGCAAACAUGUCAAACUGCAACUUCUACUGACCGAGAAAGAGAUAUUCGUCUACAAUCGCGAUCUUUCUUUGGGCCAAUCCUCGACCGCCUCACCCACCCCGCUGCCAGAUACCUUCACACCUAACGAUGCGCCAAAUGACCUCGAGAAUAACACCGAUCUUCGAGAAUGGCAGAAGCUGUUCCAGAGCCGCCGUGACUGGGCCUUCGACAUCCUUGAGAAGUCGCACUCCAUGUCCCAAGCAGCUUCCCAGCGUUUUGCAGAACAGGCGACAAUAGAGAAGGCUACACAAAUCGCUGUCGGGAACCACGAUUCUCAUAUACGUGGAUUGGAGCAAAAACAUGGAGAGGUUAAAGACUGGUUCGAUGGUGUUGAAAAGGAAUCCAAGGACAAUCUACGCAAGUUAGACGCCGAUUAUGAUCAACUGGGUGCCAUACCCGCGAAAACCGAGUUCAUACAGUUUCUUGCCAAAGAACUGCGACCGACGCAAGCAUCCAUAUCCGGUCGGAAAUCGUCUCCAAGUCCAUCGCCUUCCCUUAAAGAAUUCCUCGAUUUCGAUUCUUUGAAAAAAGCAACAGGGGCCAGCAAAAGGGCGAGAGAGACAUUUGCCACGCGACUCGCAGGUAUGGGGGUGCAGCUAAAGGAGAUUACGGUAGGCUACAGCGAGCUACUUGGCGCAGUUGGUGCCCGUCAAAGUCAGAGUCGAUACGCGGACGAUACCGAAGAACCUCAGCGUUUGUAUGUUGAGAUCGAUGCGGUCGUGAAAAAGGUCGAGUCCGAUUUGGAACACAUAACAGGCCUUCCAGCAAAUCCGAAGUCCGUGGCUCAGGUCUCCAAGAUGGCACUUCUGCAUACGCGGAAUUUCCUCCCCGCGAUCAAAGAGUAUUGCACUGAAAUGAGCGAGCUUGAACGCAGGGCCGUGGAACGGAAGAAUCAAGCUAUACAAAACGCAGUGGACAGCAUGCGCGGAAUUGCUACCAUCGAGUCCGCUAUCUCGAGCUUGAACGGCGACUUCGAGUCGGUUAGCAUUUCACAGGAAGGCGCUGCAGCGUUCGAACUCAUUUCACUUGUUGGACGGCUACCUUAUAUCUAUGGCACCCUUCUGGUCGAAGCAGUCCGGAGACGGGAGUGGAUGGACAAGAUGGAGAAAGAUACCUCUUCGCUUGCCGAAGAGAUGGCCACCUUUCAGGAAGAGGAAGAACGUCGCAGAAAAAAGUGGCUGAAACCUAUUGCAGAUGUCAUCAAUCUUGAAAUCGUACAAGGAAGCGGUCUUGGUUUCGAGAUUAAUGUACAACCCGAGAAAGGCAAAUGGCCCACAGUAACACGUGAAGAUUUACUGGGGUAUCUAAAGAUUCUUCAGAGCCUUGAUGGACAAACUCCAGAAGCUGAAGCUCUUGGACAAGCAAUCAAAGAUCUGGACCGACCUACUAAGCAACAGAUCAAACGCGCGAAGAACUUCAAAAUGGGGAGUGUGCACGAACCAGCGUUCGGUAGAGGCUCCCAAUUAACGCUCCGCGGAGACGAUGAACUUCGUGUACUGAGGGAAGCGAAUGGGAAGCUCGAGGACGAGCUCAAGGGCCAGAAAAGCAGGGUUCGACGCCUCGAAGACCUACUCCACCGACAAACUCAUGUUAGCCGAUUGUCAAUUGGGGGUGGCCUUGCGUCCUUCAGCCCACAAAGCCCGGCUGAUCCUUCUACGCCGACCAUGGAUGCACCUUUCCCAACUCAUAUGAUAGAUCAUUCCCGUCGAUCCUCUGUAUCUUCCAGACGAAUUUCCGCCAACCAAGGCAACGAAGAUAAGCGACGCAUCGUGCGACUCGAAGCGGAGCUUGCGGCUGAGAAAGAAGCGAGGGCUAGUCUAGAAAGGAAUGUGGAGAACCAGCAAAAUGGCGACGAAGAGUUGAAGAGGCACGCUCAAGAGGCUGUUUCCAUGAAAGAAGAAUUGAUGGAAAACAUGAAGGCUCAGCAGAAGGAGUUUGCCAAUGAAAGGAGAUCGCUGGAGCAAGAGGUUCAGACAUAUAAGAGCAAGAUUGAAGAAGCAGAAGACGAGCUUGACCGUGUCCUUGGCAGUCGUGACAACGAACGGGCGGGGGUGGAUACCAAGAUUCAGGAUUUGCUUGCCGAGAUCGACAGCAUCCGGAAACACGCUACUGCCGAUGAAAAUCAGGCUACAGAACAGAUUACUCAGUUGCGAGCCGAACUAGAGAAGCAAAAAGAGUUUGAAAGCCGACAGCUUGACGCUCUAUCAGCCGUGUUCAAUCAACUUUCACCUGAUCAGUCUGCGCCCAGUGAUGGAACAUCGCUCUUGUCCCAGCUAGAAGACCUAGCUCUUAGAUCAUCCAACUACCAACGGGAACUGCAGCAAGCCGUUGCUCUGGCCAAAACGGAAAAUGAGAAUGCUCGCGCCGUAGCACACGAACAAGAAGCGGACCUCAAAUCGAAAUUAUCCCUUGAGAAAGAUGCUUCUUUUACGUUACGAGAGCAACUCGACAGGGAAAAGGCAAAGGUUGCCUCGAUCACUGCCGAGCUGGAUGAGGAGCGCUGCCACCUGCGAGACCUGAGAGCUAAGUUCGCUGAAGGAGAGACUGGAUCCGAGGCUUUGCGGAAACGCGUCGAAGACGAAGAAGCCAAGGUCGGACGACUGCAAAUGGAACUUGCAGAGACUAAGUCUCAUUCCAAUAGUCUAGACGUUGAGCUUAUGCAUCUGCAAAAGAAGAUGCUCAAGUACGAGGAAUUCGAUUCCUCGAGAACUCACGAACGCCAAGCUCGAGCGAAAGAGCUUACCAAACGACUAUAUCUCCAGCAAGAUCGUCUCAUGACCCUGCAACGAGCUUCCAAGAUCAGCAACAGUACUACUCUGAGCGAUGCAAACGGACUGGGCCGAAGCGUAACCACGCCCUCGCCCACACUUUUCAAGCAUUCAGACAGUCCUCUAAAUCUCUCUUUCCUGCAAUGGCCAGAGUCCGCGGACCCAGAGCAAGAGGAUAGGCGCUAUCAUGAGCUUAUAGACACUCUCAGUCGCUUCGACCUAGAUGUGUUUAGCGAUGCAGUAACGAAACGCAUGCGUGAUAUCGAGCACACGGCACGGAAAUACCAGCGCGAAAUGCGUGCGUAUCGAGAGAAGUCGCACCGUUUCCAAGCUGAAGGGCAUGAUAAGAUAGCCUAUCGAUCGUUCAAAGAAGGCGAUCUUGCCUUGUUCCUACCUACACGUAAUCAGGCGACUCGUCCCUGGGCUGCUUUCAAUGUCGGGGCACCGCACUACUUCCUCCGCGAACAGGACUCGCACAGGCUACAUGGAAGAGAAUGGCUAGUUGCGCGCAUUUCAAAGAUCGAGGAGCGAGUCGUCGAUCUUUCCAAAACUAUCGAUUCGACUACUAGGGCUUCCUUGGAUGGUCGCUCGAUUGCCUCCAACAGUGCCAUCUCUUUUGAAGACGAUAAUCCAUUCGAGCUGUCUGAUGGCCUGCGCUGGUAUCUGCUGGAUGCCGCAGAAGAGAAAUCUGGCGCGCCAGGCACACCCGGACUCGGCAAGACGACAGUAGCCAGCGCCCGCGUAACAGGACAAGGCCAAAUGGAGCCGACUAAGAAAAAGUCCUCCAACGACCCUGCAAAGACGCUCGGAAAGUCGCUCGAUAGUCGCCGUAGUAGUGGCAACAGCAAAAAGAGCGCACCUUUGGUCGGCGCCCGCAACUCCACUGAGAUACUCCCCCAAACCGAUAACACCGACUCUGGACCCGCCUCAAACACGGCAACCAGAGGUGCCAGUCCCGCAUCCGGACCAGGCCCUAGUCAUUUGAGGGAGAGCGAGGUGACCGCGGAAGCCGCUGCGACCGCUGCUGUCAGCAACGCCGAGGAAGAUGAUCAUUUGGUUCAUACAUUCCAAGGCUCUUCCAGCAUUUAUGGACACCAGUCCACAUCGCCUCGAAAACAAUCGCUGUCGGCCGCCUAUCAUCACCACCCCAGUGCCAGCGUCAGCGGUCUCUCGAGAUCGCAAACCACUCCAAACGCCUCGCCUAGUAAAAUGAGAAUGGGCAGCAGUGCAAACGACCUCGCCAGAGUCUCGAGUCCUGCAAGUGCAUAUCAAGCAGGCGGCGAUAGCCCGAGCAAGAGGCGUGCAGGUGUAACGGCGACAGCAACUCAGCAGCCCCCGCCUCGCGAAAGAAAAGGAAGCAUCUUUGACGGUCUGUUUAGUAUGGAUUUGACGUAUCAGAAGUCGCGGAGAUGA